CGACCUUCAACCCUCGACACUCAACCCGAUUCACCCCGAUUCAUUCUCACCCCCGUUUGUCGCCCGCACACAGCUCCAAACCUCUCAGCCAACCCGACCAAACUCUACCCAAACCCAACCCAACCCCCAGCCCAACCCCCACCCCGCACUUCUCCUCCGAAUCUAGAUCGCCAAUCGAACGUUGCACAAGCUUCCCCACACACCACACUCAUCCUCAGAGCCAGAUACCGACCCUACAGACACCCCCCAUACAUCCAAUUACGGCAGAAUAAUUUUUUUAAAAAAGUUGUUGCGAAAGCCACAGUGACGCAGACGCGCGCGCGGCUUCAUACAUCUACGUAUCUACUUGCCUACUUACAUACCUAAUCUAUUCCCCGAGAUGAAGAUCCUACACAAUCCCACCACGCUGCUGCACCGCACCAAAGAACUCAUCGGCGCCCGUCUGAUCGAUGCCUACGAAUCCCCCGCACGCGUAACCUCGAUCCUGAAAGCGCUGGAGCCCGUCUACGACAUCACCACCGUGACCACAGACGUCGAGCGGGCCGCCGCCGCCGCUGCAAAGAUCCACAGCGCCGAGUACCUGCUCCACCUCGAGACCAUCUUCCAAUCAUGGGCGGAAGAGGGGAUGGUUGAUGCCGAUGGGUGCGUCCUGCCGGAGUGCUUCCCCGUGCUGAGGCUCGGCGGCAAGAAGUGUCGGCAGCCGAAGGAUCUCGCAGCGAGGGUCGGGUACUACGCGUUCGACAUGUCGACGGGGAUAUCCAAGGAGACGUACAUCUCGGCGAUUGCGAGCGCGGAUCUGGCGCGACGGGGCGCGGCGGAAUUGGUUGCGCCUACGGACGAGGGGGAGGACGAGGACGGGGAACGGGAGGCGCCGGUGGUGUUCUCGCUGUGCCGACCGCCGGGCCAUCACUGCCAGACCGACCUGAUGGGCGGCUACUGCUACCUCAACAACACGGCCAUCGCGGUACGCACACUCCUCGACGCAUUGCCGGAUCCCAGCGAACAGAUCUCGAUCCUCGAUCUCGAUUUCCACCACGGCAACGGCACGCAGAGCAUCUUCUACACGCAGUGCAACCCCUGCUACAUCAGCAUCCACGGCGAAGACGAGUAUCCGUACUUCACCGGGUCGCCCAGCGAGACGGGCGAGGGCGACGGCGAGGGCUACAAUCUCAACCUCCCGCUCCCCUGCGAGGAAGGCGUGUUUGAGAACUACCGCCCGCGGCUCGACGAGGCGGUCGACAAGAUCCGCGAGGUGGACACAAAGUGGCUCGUCGUGAGCCUGGGGUUCGACACGUUUGCCGGCGAUCCUGUGGGGAAGUUUGCGCUACAGCGCGAGGACUACGGCGUCAUGGGGAGCAUCGUCGGCGCGCUGGGACUGCCAACGCUCGUCGUGCUCGAGGGCGGGUACGUGGUUGAGCACUUGGGGAGUAAUUGUGUCGAGUUUUUGCGCGGGAUCGAGAAGGGGCGGAAGGGCGAGAUUGGUGUCGUGGAAGAUGAUGAGGAGGAUUGGGAGGAGGUGCCAGCACAGGACGAGGAGCGGUAGCAACCACCCAACACGAAUACCCACACCCACACAAACACCCACACCCACAACCACACCCACAACCCAUAACCCACAACCCUCAACCACACCCUGUACAUUUUUCUGGCGGAACGGCGGAUGAUUGUAGAUGACGUUUACGAAAUGCGACGACGAAGACGACGAAACUAGAUAACUAGAUCUAGAGCACCAAGGAUCUGGAUGGACUCGAUU